AUGGCACCCAAGACCUCCUUCAUCAUCGUCCCAGGCUCAUUCGCGACCGCACCACUCUACGACAGUCUCGUCGCCGCCCUCCGGAACCAGGGCCACGAGGCGCGGGCGACUGAUCUCCCCUCAGCCAACGGCGGGUCCGUCCUGCCCGCGCCGACGGGCGAGGACGACGCCAAGCACAUCCGCAAGGCGGUACUCUCCACCCUCGACAGCGAGACGGGCCCCUCCGACGUGGCGUUGAUGCUCCACUCGUACAGCGGUGUGCCCGGCUCCUCAGCGCUAAAGGGCCUCAGCAGGGCCGACCGUUCAGCAGGAGGCAAGGCCACGGCGGUCGUCGGCGUGCUCUACCUCGCCGCGUUCGUGCUGCCCCUGGGCGAGUCGAACCGCAGCUGGCUGAGCGCCCGGGACGCCAUGCCCGAGCCGUUCAAGUCGGGCGUGCCGGGGGGCUACCUGCCGCCCAUCGACCCGUCUUUCGGGGCCUUCGUUUUUAACGACAUCAAGUCCGAGGAGUUGCGGGCAAAGUACCUCGCGCAGAUGACGCGGCACAGCUCGGACAGCUACGACGGCGUGGUUUCGUACGAGGCGUGGAAGGAGAUUCCCAGCGUGCUGGUUAUCCCGGAGAACGACGUGAUUGUGCCGACGCCGCUGCUAGAGGUCAUGUAUGAGCAGUCGGUGGCGGCUGGUGGUAAGGUCCGCAGGGUUUUCGUCGAGGGUGCGGGUCACUGCGUGAACGUCAGCCGGCCGGAUUUUGUGGCUGAGGAGCUCGUCAAGUUGGCUGCUGGGAGAGAGUGA